AUGAUGCGCCGAGAAGCUUUUGAACGUAAAGCUCCAAGAAGGUUCAUGCCCAGAACAAGAUUGAAGUCUCUGUUGCAGAAGCGCCAGGAGCGAAUGCUUCGCAGACGCGAGAAGUUGUGGGACCUUGAGAAAGAGCUGGAGAGUGUGCAUACAAAGAGCAAAUCAUACAAGCCCAAGUGCGUUGUCCUGCACGGCAAAAAAUUGAAGGCCACUCCCGGAACGGGGCACGGCUUCGGGGCACCACACAACGCCAACAUUGAGAAGUGCACCGAAGCUUGCGUCGCCAGAGUCAACCUGGCAAAAGAUGGAGGAACCAGGUCCUCAGGGGCUAGAUCGAUGAAAUUGAUGCCAAAGAAUGCUCUGGAUGGUGAUGGCAGCACAGAAUUUGUCAGCAAGCAGCAAAACGAACCGUGGUGGCAGGUCGAUCUUGGCACAGACAGAAAAGUUGGAGAAGUCUGGAUUUCCGCGACCAAUUGCGUUGGAUGUGAAGUUGGCUUGCGAGACGAGCCUUGUAUAAACCCGACUCAGACUCAGACCAACCCGACUCAGACUCAGACCAACAAGACCAGCAACAAGACCAACAACAAUGGCAAUAGCAACGACGACAGUGGCGACAACGAGAAUAGCGAUGACGACAAUGGCAACAACGGCAAUGGCGACAAUGACAAUGGCAAUGACGAAAAUGGCAAUGACGACAAUGGCAACAACGGCAAUGGCAACAAUGACGAGGACGAACAUGACGAGGACGAAACAGGCGAGUUGGCUGAAAGGACUUCGGUGGACCAAAUGGACCUGGAGAACAACGGGGAAAUGGUCUUGCUUGAGAAGUUAGCAAACCAAAUCAAAGGUCACGAAUCGAAUGAGGCUUGCAAUUUGGGCAAAACUUGUGGAACACUCGAUGAAAACAGCAACUUCGUGAACUGCGAUGGGAACGCUGGACAAUUUCUGGUGAUCAGACACAAAGGAAACAAGAGACUCAUUAUUGCUGAAGUUGAGGUCUGGGAGGAUGCAAUCCUUUCUCGAAGCGAUGCCGUAGCCAAAAUGAUGCCAGAAGCAGAGGAUGCUGACCAGAAGGCGUCAAUGGUGCUCGAUGGCAGGGCAGAUACUACCGCAAUCUCGCAGGCUGGCGACAACCCCUGGCUGCAGAUCAAACUGGCGGAUGAUGCAGCUGCCAACAGCGUUGGGAAGAUCUCCAUCUAUCCGGGCACAGACCGAACCAAGUUUCUGCCAACGAAAGAGAAGCCAAUGAUGGUUGGUGUGAGCACCAAAGAGUGCACUGAAGAAGGCUGCGCCAAAGCUGGUGUCUUUUGUGGCAAACUGACCACUGCCAAGCUGGCUGGACCCUACAUUGUGGAUUGUGGUGGGAAGAACGGGAACUUCGUUUGGAUCGAAUUCCCUGGAAAGGGCCGUUCAAUCAACAUCGCAACGGUAGAGGUGGAGAAGUCCGCGCAAUGUGAACAAGUCGUACUCCAAAAGAAGGACGGUAAGCUGACGUGCAUCUCCUACAAGAAAUAUUCUGGUGAACUAGAAGAACCAGAGGAAGGUGUGGACUACACAUCGGCAAUCUGCCAUCCUGCUGGAAAAGUGGGACCAGCAGGUGUUACUGGAGGAAAAGGCGACAAGGGGAAGCAGGGUUCUGCGGGCCCCAAGGGAGCCGCGGGCGCGAAAGGCGAUGAAGGUGAGGAAGGAGCCGUGGGCGAGCAGGGCGAUGUGGGCGCCGAAGGUCCCGAAGGGCUCGAAGCCGACGUGGCCGGCCUGGCUACUAUGGGACAGCUCAACCUUGCCGGUGUUUUGUGCGUGGCUGUCACUGUUGCCGUGAUGGUGAUCCUGAUGCAGAAAGUCUCUCCGCAGUCAGGACGAGGUGGAGCCGCACCAGAGAAAACUGAAGGCGUCGAAGGCGAGGAAGGCUUGGAGGAAACUUUUGAAGAAGGUGGCGAGGCACCACCAGAGGAAGCGGAAGAGGGUGAGCAGGUGGCAUGA